AUGGAGGGGAUCUCUCUAGAAUUGAAAGAAAUUUCCUGCAGAGAUCUCAAAACCUUCAAUUUCUUCCAAAAGCUCUCAGUCUUUGUUGCCGUCUCCAUUUUUAUUGAUGAGCCAAAGAAGAAUGAACAACGGCGAAAAAAGACGGCAGUGGACUUUCUUUAUGGUGUAUUGAAGAGGAACGAGAAGCAACAACAACGUCUGAAGCGGCAAAAGACACCUCCGAAUACUUUCAACGAUGAAGAAAAGAAGAACGAACAGCAACAACUUCUGCAGCGGCAAAAGACACCAGUGGACAGAGAAGGAGGUAGCAACCCUAAAUGGAACCAUAUGAUGCAGUUUAAUCUCAAUACCACUUCGCUUCCUGAUUACGGUGAUCAUCUCUUUUUCAAAUUUGAAUUGCGCUGCAAAGGUUCCAUCUUUGGUAACAAAACUAUUGGGGAAGUUUGUGUUCCAUUCAAGGAUUUGAAUGAGGAGUUCAACGGCAGUGUCAGGUUUGUGAGCUAUCAGGUCCGAAAUAGCGAUGGGAGGCCUAAUGGUGUCCUGAAUUUUUCCUAUGAGGUGAACGGGAAGGUCAAGAGGAAUGAAGUUGAUGGUGCAAGGGUUGAUUUGCCUCCAGGAAUUCGUUUCUCAUCACCUAAAAAAGUCCAUUAUCCAUCCUUGGAAGUCGAUGUUAAGUCGAGGAAAGCAUGCUUAUAUCCUUCCCUGGAUGAUAUCAGCUUCAGCUCUCCUUCGCCAGGAACCGGGUUUCCUUCUACGGAGUUGUGUUAUCCAGUAAAGGCAUGUUAUACUAUGCCUCCGCCAGCCUUUCCUUUACAGCUUCCUGUGGGUCACAGAGUGUAUCAGCUUCAAUAUCCAUCACCAUUGACACAGUCUCCAGGUUCAUAUUGCUACACAACAAAGACAACCGAGCAUGGUUGCGGUCUUCGUGGGCAUACUGGAGGUUGGGCAAUUAGGGAUGUUAAUGUAUAG